CGGUGAGCUAACGGUGACAACGUAUUUGCAUUUCGUCGCCAGGAAAGAUUAUUUUUUCCCGAAUUUCGGCCAGAUAAUUACAGUUAAACGAUUGUAUGAUUACCAUCGUCACAGGGCGAGUGAGAAGAUAGCAAAAAGUUUUUAUUUUCAUGUAAUUUCACGGUUCUUAAAUGGUAAAACAGCAUUCCUGAUUUGGACAGUGAAAACAAGCCCCGUCCGAAAGUAAAGAGGGGAAAGCAGCAGGUUCCGGAAGAGCGGGUAACGAAGGGAACGUUAAAAGGCGAAUGUCCUCUGCUUCUGCUGCGGAUUAAAAACUCGUCAUCACAGGCAAAAUUCUUUGUUUUCGAACAAAAUCAUUUGUGCCAUCUGGGAUUUCUACUGACGGUCGGUCAAGAUUGAACGUAGAUUGACGGUGGAAAGAAAUCGUUUACAAAUCCUUUUCUCGAAAAGUCUUUGACGGCCGAAGUUCGGUGGCGUGCGAGGGUGACAUACAUUGCUGCAGGCAAACUAUACUCUGCUGUGUGCAGUGUUAGUGUUGUUGUGAUUCGGAAUUUUUGUUGAGUUUCAGUGAAAACUGGUAAGCCAGAAUAAUGCGAGUCACUGUGACGACACCGGCGGAUUAUACCUUUCCGCUGGAGGUUUCCGACGACAUGGAACUGGAGAAUUUCAAGGCCUUAUGCGAAAUUGAAAGUGGCUUCCCGGCGACGGAGAUUGUCAUCUCGAAAAAUGGGCAACCCCUGCUGGACGACAAGAAGACGCUGACCCAGCUGGGAAUUAAGGAAGGAGACGUGGUAAUGCUGCAGCACAUCAUGCAGGCCACCCAGCCGACGUCACAAGUUGCUCGUACUAGACAACAACCGGCAGAACCCUCACGGCUGGCCAGUUUGGAUUUUGGUUCGAUCCAAAUUCCAACAGCGGUUGCAUCUAGCAGCAGCAGCACUGGUAACGGCGGUAACGGUGGUAGUGGUAAUUCCGGGCUCCUGAACAAUAAUCGUCCAUCGCCGACCGUAGCUCCGGAAGAUGAUCCGUCAGUCGUUCGUGAAAUGUUCCUCUCCAAUCCGGAUCAGCUGGCAUUGCUCAAGCAGAACAAUCCACGCCUGGCGGAAGCUUUACUUUCAGGAAAUUUGGACACUUUUGCCACAGUUCUGCGAAAGCAGAUUCAAGAAAGAAUGGAAAAGCAACAGCAGCGGUUAAGAAUCCUCCAGGCCAGUCCGUUCGAUGCCGAAGCUCAGCGUCUGAUUGCGGAGGAAAUCAAACAAAAGAAUAUCGAAGCCAAUAUGGAAGCCGCAAUGGAGUACAAUCCGGAAACGUUCGGAACGGUUGUGAUGCUGUACAUCAACUGUCGCGUCAACGGCCAUCCGGUGAAGGCCUUUAUCGAUUCGGGUGCUCAGGCGACCAUUAUGAGUGCCGCCGCAGCAGAACGGUGCAACAUUAUGCGACUGGUCGAUACUAGAUGGGCUGGCAUUGCGAAGGGCGUCGGCGUUCAGAAGAUCAUUGGCCGCAUCCAUAUGGUUCAGAUUCAGAUUGAGAACGAUUUUCUUACCUCGAGUUUUUCGGUGUUGGAAGAGCAACCGAUGGAUAUGCUGCUGGGGCUGGAUAUGCUGAAAAGACAUCAGUGCAACAUUGAUCUCAAACAUAACUUAUUGAAAAUCGGAACGACCGGAACGGAGACAAGAUUUUUGGCGGAAGGCGAACUACCGGAAUGCGCCCGACUGACCGGCAGUCCCGAAGAGGAACAGAAGGCGCUGGCGGAAUCCGCUCGAAUAGCAGAGGAUCUUGCUCUGAAGGAAGCGGUUGCCAAGAGCCAACAAGAUCAAGCAAGCCCGAGCCAAGACGAACAACCAUCCGGAACGAUUUCGCAGCUGAAGCGCAGACGAUCCCCCUCGACCAGUGGCACCAGCAGCGGAAACAACAACACCGGAAACAGCAGCAAUAGCUCCCCGACAUCAUCAGGUCAACAGCAACUGCAGCAGCAGCCACAGCAACCAGAACAGCAACAAUCGGCCGAGGAUAUCCCAUUGGUACUGCUUCCAACAGAUCGGUUCUCCGAAAUGGACGUCGUCGAACUGGAAUCCAUGGGUUUCAGUCGGCAGAUGGUGAUCACCGAACUGAGGACCGCCAACGGUGAUAAAACCAAGGCCACAUCCGGACUGUUUGCUAAGCUAGGAUAAAAAGGAGAGGACAAGUACUGCGCAUUCUUUAUGAUCAUUUAAUUUCUCACAACUUGCUUACUAACAAAGAUCAUUUGCUUUCGUUUUUCUACCCUUUAAAUCUCAUCACACCGCAUUUCAUUUGCCACUUGCUGAUGCGGUUGGUGCGUGUGAAUGGUUAACUUUGACUUCUGUUUAACGACGUAAGGUGCAUUUCUUUAUUUUUAACGUAAAGUGAGUGAACAAUCCGUUUUCUUUGUCGAAAAGAAAAUUACUAAUUUUAGCUCACGAAAGAUUUCUUUUUUUCCUACGCACUAGAAAAGGGGAGGCAAUAUCGGUCUAUGAGUUGACAUUUUUUUUUUAUAUUAAGAAUCAACGGAUAGAAACUGAAAGCGAACAUUUAAAGUUGAAAACAGAUUAUUUACAAUGAAAGUGAAAAGGAGAAUGAUGCUGAAGCAGGUCGUACGACAUUGCACUGACAUAAUAAGGGGGUGACUUAAGGAAUAAAUGCAUAACAUUUGAAUAAAUUAUUA